CUUUUCAGGUGGUGAGAGAAGCAGGAUGAAAUAUGUCUGACCCAUUAGGUCUUUAGAGUGACUUAUAUCUUUCCCUUUCAAGGAUAUUCUUGGUGAAUCUCACUCAGUAUGGCUGCUACAACUACUGAAACAGGGCAUGCUGCCUUUCAGCAUGUAUUCCAAAACCUUGACCAACUAAAUGGGCGUGUUGGGGCAACAGACACAGAAGCACUCUUCUUAAAGGGUUUAAUGGACAGUCCUGUGCUGAAGUCUCUGGUGAAGGUGCAAGAUCGUUUGGAAGAAAAGAAUGGAGUGCCCUCUCCACAUCCUACAACAGCAUCAAGCUUCCAAAUUAGCUCAGAGGUUGACGAGCUUUGUUCCAAGGUCUCAUCAAAGGAAGCAAAAGAACUUGGAAAGAUCCUCAAGAAACCUCAUCUUCAAUCUCUGCUUAAGACCCAGGACACCAUUGCAAGAAAGCAAUAUGAUGAAGAUGAAGUGGAUUCUGAUCAUGGGUUUAAAAUGGCCCCUGUGGAACUCCCUCCCCUACAGUCUGAUACUGAUUCGAUUCAGGAAACCUAUAGGAUGGUGGGAUUGAGGAAGCUUCCUUCUGAGCCACUGGGUAUCACAGUUCGCUCAGAGAAUGGGAAUCUGGUUAUAGCCAGGAUCCUCGGAGGAGGAAUGAUUGAUCGUCAAGGCCUGCUUAGUGUUGGAGAUGUUAUCAAGGAAGUGAAUGGAACGCCUGUCAGCACAGCAGAGGAGCUCACAGCCAGGGUGCAAGAAGCUAGCGAUACAGUUGUCUUGAAGUUAAUGCCCAGUUUUGCUGAUGCUGGGACUGGUUCGCAGGUAAUGCCUGCUUACACUGAUCCUAUGCAUGCUGUGUGCUAUAUGCGUGCCCUAUUCAACUACAACCCAGUCGAGGAUUCCCUGCUCCCAUGCCCAGAAAUUGGGCUACCCUUCCAUCAAGGAGAUAUCCUGGAGAUAGUGGACCAAAGUGAUCCAAACUGGUGGCAGGCUAGAAGAGUAGCGACUUCAAAUGUUGGAGGUGCCCCCAGAAGUGGCACAACCGCAGGACUGAUCCCCUCCCAGGAGCUUGAAGAGAGGAGGAAGGCAUUUGUGAAACCUGAAUAUGAUUACGUCCACAAAACAGGCAUUUGUGGCACAAAGAUCUCCAAAAAGAAGCGAAAGCAAAUGUAUCAAACAAAAUCAUACUCAGAGUUUGAGAAAGCUGAGCUGAUUCUCUAUGAAGAGGUGGUCCGAAGUCCCCCAUUCCAACGAAAAACUCUUGUCCUUAUUGGAGCACCUGGUGUAGGACGAAGGACAUUGAAAAACAAGCUGAUUACUUAUGAUCCAUCAAAAUUUGGAUCUGUCAUUCCAUUCACAUCCCGUCCAAUUCGAGAAGGAGAAGAUGAUGGUAAAAACUAUCAUUUCACUUCUCGAAUAGAAAUGGAAACUGAUAUCAUUGAGCAUCGAUAUCUGGAGUAUGGGGAGCAUGGUGGGCACCUAUACGGUACAAAGUUAGACUCCAUUCGCCAGGUGAUACGCUCUGGUCGUAUGUGCAUUAUCGAUUGCGGUCCUCAGUCAGUGAAGAUCCUUCACAAUAGUUCUGAAUUCAUGCCAUAUGUGGUCUUCAUUGCUGCACCCGGGGUGGAACAACUGAAAUUCAUGAAUGAGUAUGGACGUGUGAUGGGUCAUUCCUCUCGGAGUCUCACAUUUGACCGUGCCUUGCGCUACAGUAGCCGAAGAGCUCGCACCAUGGAAUCUCUUGCAACUGUCUAUGAGGAUGAAGAUCUCCGCCGCACCAUGGAAGAAAGUGCUCGUCUGCAGCGUGCCUAUGACAAGUACAUAGAUAUGGUGCUGGUGAAUGAAGAUUUUGACUCAACAUUCAAGAAGCUGAUGGAUGCGCUUGAAGUUCUCAGCACCGACCCUCAGUGGGUUCCCGUCCAGUGGAUAUAUUAGGAUAUCACAUACUUCCAUCAAGCGCCUCACACAUAAUCAAUUCCAUAAUGUAUGUUGACAUGCCCUGCCACAAUUUUUGUUACCAUUUCUUUUGUCAUGUUCUUCCCAAUGUUGUCCAUUUUAGCAGUUACUCCCAUUUAUGUCUCAUAUGCAUUUCCAAACUUGUACAUUGCAACAGGAUUGUGAAAGCCAAACCAAGUAGAAAACUAGUUUGGUGAGAUGAGUUCACUUUCAUUUCUAGGAACCAUUAUUCAUGCUGCAAGUGAGUUGAUGAACUUAGCUCCAUUUAUAGAAUCCAUUUGCAAUCUCAGUACAAGAUUUGAAAUUACACUGUAUAGCAGGAAUUUUGGAGAGCUGAGAGCUGGUGAUGUCUCUGAUGGCCGAUGUAUGAAUGACUGUCUUGUGUUUUCAUAACUGGGCAUAUUGGAGGCAGCUCUGCAAUGACACAUUCCAGUAAUAAUUAGUCAUCCCAAAUAUAUGUAUAUGGAGAAAUGAUAAUUAUAUAAGCAUAACCCAAGGUUGGAUUAAAUUAUCAGACCCCCAGUGAUCUAUAUAAUUGUGACGUAGAGCCCCUCAUGUCUCAGUGAUCUACAUUAUUUUAUGGAAAGUUUUCCAAAUGCCAUUUUUCAAUCCAUCCAUAUAUGACAGCA